AUGCAACACCCGCCCGACUGGCCCCCGGCGCCGGCUGCCCUGCGGCCCUCGGCCUUCCCACACCCCGUGCUGCAUGUGCUACACGGCACGGCCCGCGUGCUGCUUUUCCCGGCCUACUGGGCCCUGGACCACCUGCUGGGCUGUUGUGCACCCACCGCGCGCCCGAGCAGCCUGGAGUGGCUGAGAGCGGCGCUGGGCGGCGGGGCGGCGCUGCUGCUGCUGGUGGUGGUCGGUCUGCCCCUGGCGCUGCCCGGCCUGCUGCUCUGGCUGCCGCUGCAGUCCUGGCGCCGCCCCUUCUGCUACCAGCCCCCUCCGCCCUGCUGGGCGCCGCCCGCGCCCUGGCGCGCGCCUGCUGAGUCCCUGCGCUCCUUCGUCUUUCUCACAGCCAAUCUGUGCCUGUUCCCCGACGGGCUAGCGCGCUUCAGCAACCUGUCUCACAGCCAGCAGCGGGCCCAGGCCAUUGGCACCGCGCUGCUAGCCGGCCUGCGGCCCUCGCCCUACAGGGCUACGGGCUGCAGCCAGCCCUGCAGCCAGCCGUGGCCCAGAGCGCCGCGAGGGGUGCUGAUGGCCGCGGUGCCCGCGGAUCUCGACUUCGUGUGCCUGCAGGAGGUGUUCGAUCUGCGGGCGGCUCGUCGCUUGGUGCGCCGCCUUGCACCCAAUCUGGGUCCGGUGCUGUACGACGUGGGCACGCUUGGUCUACAGCCCGGGCCGUACCUCAAGCUUCUGGGCAGCGGGCUGCUGCUGGCCUCGCGCUACCCGCUGCUGCGCGCCUCCUUCCGCUGCUUCCCCAACGCGCGCCGUGAGGAAGCACUGGCUUCCAAGGGACUACUGUCCGCACUGGCGCAGCUGGGCAACCUGGACGGGCGCCGCAUCGUGGGAUUCCUGCACUGCACGCACUUGCACGCACCGAGUGAAGACGGGCCCUUGCGCUGCAGUCAGCUGACGCUGCUGCUGGACUGGGCCGAGCAGUUUGAGGCCGAGAGCCGCCACACCGGCGAGGCGGUGGCCUUCAGCGUGCUGCUGGGCGACUUCAAUUUCGACAACUGCUCGCUUGGCGACGCGCUGGAGCAGGAACACACGUUCUUCAGCCGCUUCCGGGACCCCUGCCGGCUGGGCGCGCGCCAGGAGCAGCCCUGGGCCCUGGGAACGAUACUGAACACCUCCACGCUUCACCAGUCGGUGGCCAGGUCGCCCGAGAUGCUGCAGAGGGCCCUGGAGAAGGAGAAAGGGCGCCGCCUCUACCUGGCAGGUCCGCCCAGGGGCGGCCUCUGGGCUAAGCCCUGGCGGGGCCGGCGCCUGGACUACGUCACGUACCGGGGGGUGCCCGAGGGCCCGCUGAGCCCGGAGGUGGAACAGGUGACGUUCAGCACCGCCCUGGCGGGGCUCACAGACCACCUGGCCGUGGGCCUUCAGCUCCGGGUGUCGGUGCUCCCGUCACCGAGGCGCGCAGACGACAGGGCGCAGCCGGCGCAAACAGACCCGGGCGGCCUCAGGGCUCUUUAUUGA